GGGGCCCUGGAGCAGUAUCUGCCUUCUCUGGAGCUGGUAAACAAGAAGCUACCAUUUGGCAUAGCUGAAACUGGCACCUGCUACCAACUCUCAGAUCAGAACCUAGCUGGCAUUGGUUGCUCAUCAGAGUUCACAGAAGCCUCCCUAGUGUGGUUCUGCUCCCCACGCACCUCUUCACAGUGGCUGGACCACUGGACAAGGCAGCGGUUGAAAUGGUGGCGAAAGUUUGCUUUGAGCCCAUCCGACUUCAGCUCCAGUGAACUUGUGGAAGCAGAGCUGCAGGAUGGAGCAUCCCGCGGGGUCAAAGUGACAUACAGGUUUCCCUGGGGUCCUGAGCCCCUGGAGACCCUGUGGAACCUGGGGGAUUCUGAGCUGCUGAAGACACAUGGAAACGCCAAAGCUAAGUUGCAGUGCAAAGAUGGGAGAAAGUUAUUUGUGCCUCAAGUCAUAGCACUGAGUGGAAACAUGGAUCGGGGUCUGCUAGCCUACCUCUUUAACUCUCUACAAAUGGAGAAGAAAGUGAGCAUCAAGCAAAGGAUUCACCAAAGAAAGGUGCUGAAGCUCCACCCCACCUUGGCUCCAAUUAAAGUCGCCCUAGACAUGGGAAGAGGGGCUACUGUGGAACUGAGACAGGUUUGUGAGGGUUUGGUCACAGAAUUUCUUGAAGCAGACAUCUCUGUGUGGCCAGGGUACCUUGAGACUAUGCCUCAAUCACUGGAGCAGUUGCACACCAAGUAUGAUGAGAUGGGUGUGCUCUUCACCGUAAUGAUCAGUGAGAACACGCUGGAGAAUGGACUGCUUGUAGUGCGCAACCGAGACACCACCAUCAGAGAGACCAUGCACAUCUCUGAGGUCAAGAAAUACCUCCAGAAAUACAUCAAUGCGGCCAGUAACAUCUGAGUUGUGGACCACAGAUGCCUAUGCUUAACUGUGCAAACAUUAUGAAUGAAGAAGGUCGAAAGUCUUCAAGUCUGUUUAUGUUCCAUGCAGACCUAUAGUCUCGUCGAUUGUCAUUUAAAAUAUAGAUCUACCUCUUGUGAAAAAACAGUAUUGAUUGGAAUGUUGUGACAUUUGAGAAGACAGAAUUGUUGAUGACGUUCUGAUGUAUGUUGCAAAAAUGCAUAUUUUGUAUGUCCAACGUAUAUUAAAAGUCUAUUUUGUACAUCAUGA